UGUUAAAGUGAGUGUGCUAACAGGCUGAAUCGAUACAAGAAGAGACCCAUACGGACGCCAUAUUGACCAAAGCAAAAUGGCAGAACGAGUGAAUAGUUGACAAAGUCUGCUGGCUUUCAUUGACAGAUGCUUUCCAACGGCACGAAACGCCGACACAUCGACGACUAUCAAAUCUGGUACCGUGUUCAUGGUGGAGAGUAUUAUUCUGCUUCACCAUGAUCAAGUUUCUUCUGAUGAUGAAUAAACAGGGCCAGACGCGCUUGUCUAAGUAUUAUGAACAUGUAGACAUUGGGAAGAGAGCAGCUCUUGAAGCUGAUGUGGUCAGGGGAUGUCUCUCCCGGAGGAAGGAAGAGUGUUCAUUUGUGGAGUAUAAAGACUACAAGCUGGUAUAUCGGCAGUAUGCAGCACUUUUUAUUGUUGUUGGCAUUACCGAAAAUGAGAAUGAACUCUCAAUCUAUGAGCUUCUGCACAACUUUGUUGAAGUGUUAGACAAGUACUUCAGUCGUGUGAGUGAACUGGACAUAAUGUUCAAUUUAGAUAAAGUGCACAUCAUCCUUGACGAAAUAAUCCUGAAUGGACAUAUUGUGGAGACAAAUAAGAACCGGAUACUGGCACCACUACUGGCUCUGGACAAGAUGACUGAAGGCUGAUCAAAUUCAACAUUAAUGUUCAACAAGAAAAAUACUCACUAAAACAAGUUUUUGCAUUGUUUUACAAAAUUGUAUAUUGUUGAGUUCUGUAUUAAACCCAAAGUAUUUGAUGUUUCUACAGAAAACUGAGCAUGCAUGCAUUAUAUGCAAGAGGGUGAUUCUCGGGAAAUUAGACUUAUGAGGUGUCAUGAAACAUUUUGAUAAAAAAAAGUAAAUGCAAAGAGUAUCAAAAUAAGAAGUAUACAGUUACAAACAUCUCUUCAUGUACUAUUUUGCACAUGAUUUCAAAUGACAUCAUACAAACCAAUUUUGUUGUUUUUUCCCAUUUAAGGGGAAAAUUUUCAUUACCGCAACAUGUCCAUGACUGGAUUUGGGUUCGUUGACAUGGAAAUAUUUAUAAUUAAAAAAUCUAAAAAAUGAAAAGCUUCAGUGCAUGUUAUACUAUAAACAUUUACAGUAAAGAAACAUGUGGUGUUUAGUGAUCAUUGGUAAAUGUAGAGACAAUAAUAAGGAAUAUAAAUGUGUCCAAGACCAAUUUUCUCAUCCUCCACAACAAUUUUCAAUCAUUGUUUAAGCCCUCAAGGAACUAACAUUUUAAAAAAAAAUAGUUGGAAGGGACAUAAUUGACUGUGACACUCAAGAUGGCUACCAGGUAAGCAGUUCUUAUUUUUCUCUCCAGAGAAAAAGUUGAAAUUUUGUUUGUCAUAGUACCUAGACAACUUUUUAGUUCUCAUUACCGAAACAUGAGUUUGUAAAUGCAUAUAUUUAAUGUAAUAUGUUGCGGUAAUGAUCAUUUUUGAUAUAAUUUUUUUUAAAUCCUCUGAAAAUAAUGAUGACAUGAAGUUCAGACCUUAAUCUUAUAUGUGCAAAAAAAGUUGCCUUCAAAGGCUUUGUAAAAAAUCUGAUGCUGGACACCUUCUAAGUCUUUAUUUGGUGAGAAUCAUCCAAGAAUACAAUUUUUAACUACAUUUACCGAUGUUGUACACUACGCUUAUUGCUGGCUCUUAGACAAAAUGCCAAAUGUUUUAUUUGCAAGUCGCUUUAAAUAAAAACAUCUGCUUAAUGAAUAAAUGCAUGUAAACUUCAUGCAAACUAAUUCAACCAUCUCCAGUGUUUCCCGUACGGGAGUGCACAGAAAAGUCUAAAUAAAGACAUUACGCACUAUACUUUGCAAACA